UCCGUUGAGACCACCCCAAAUAUCAACAGAUUCAUUCCUUGAUGUUCUCAAACCCAAAGAUUGUUAAAUUGAAAGAAAGCGAUAAAUUGGAGGUUUUUUUUAAUCGUCUAGGGGAAAUAAUGAGUGUUUAGACGAUGCAGAGGAGCUAUGAUUUAUUUUGACAGCUAAUUACAACCAGGAAGUAUUCUCAUCGACUGGCGCAUCCACAGAUUUCUGGCUUGACAAGGCUUUAGUUUCUAAAAUUUGUAUGCAAGACACGUUUCAAGGAAAGAAAACGUCAAGUGAAAAACGAUAAGAAUUGACAGAAUUGCAAUCAUAAUUUGGACAUGUCAAAUGAAUCGAUAUCUGAAGAGCUAAACUCUGGCCUGGUAGCUGGAGUAGCAACUCAUGAUGGAAAAGAAUGUGAAGGCAUUCCUGACUCGGUAAACAAGAAGAAGAACAAACGCAAGAAGAAAAAGAAGAAGAAGGUAGAAACCAGUGACAUUGACCCUCAUGGAUGUAAUGCUGAAGCUGAAAACACUGGGCCACUUCCGAAAUCUUUUGAAAAUGACCAAGGCGAAGAUGGGAAUGAGCUGCAUUCAAGUAACAAGGGUACUCCAAUUGAAGAAGGCGAGGAAGUCGUUCCAGCACCGAGGGAAGCUUCUGGUGGUAAAAAGAGAAAAAAGAAAAAGAAGAAAAAGAGCAAAGAAAGUGAGACUAGUAUGGACUAUGAGGAUGAUCCGAACGCUAACAAUUCCUUAAAACAACAAACCGAGGAACAAGAUGAUACUUCUCCGAAGGAUGGGUCUGGCGUUGCAAAGGACGAUAAAAGAUACUUUGUUGAGACGAAGAGAGAAGAGCAAGAAGAUGAAGACAGUAGUCAAUCACUUGCAGAAGAUAAUGCUUCACCUAGUGAAAGGAUAGAAAGCAAGGAGAAGAAGGUAGAAACCAGUGACAAUGACCCUCAUGGAUGUGAUGCUGAAGCUGAAAACUCUGAGCCACUUCCGAAAUCUUUUGAAAAUGACAACGGCGAAGAUGGGAAUAAGCUGCAUUCAAGUGACAAGGGUACUCCAAUUGAAGAAGGUGAGGAAGUCAUUCCAGCACCGAGGGAAGCUUCUGGUGGUAAAAAGAGAAAAAAGAAAAAGAAGAAAAAGAGCAAAGAAAGUGAGACUAGUAUGGUCUAUGUGGAGGAUCUGAAGCCUAACAAUUCCUUAAAACAAUAUACCGAGAAACAAGAUGAUACCUCUCCGAUGGAUGGACCUGGCGUUGCAAAGGACGACAAAAGACAUUUUGUUGAGACAAAGAGAAACGAGCAAGGAGAUGAAGACAGUAGUCAAUCACUUGCAGAAGAUAAUGCUUCACUGAGCGAAAGAAUAGAAAGUAAGGACGAAGAUGGCGAUACAGCAUCAAGUGUAGGUGAGAAAACUACCUCUGUGCCUGUGCUAUACAAGGAGUGUGAAAUUUGUACCCCAAAAGAUGAAGACGAAAAAGGUGACGUUGAAUCCGAGAGAACCAUGAAACCCUCUAGCAGAGUAUCUGAAGAACUUCAUGUAGAUGGAUUGGCUCCACUCCGAGAUCCAAGUUCAGUCGCUGUGCAAACGGACAUAGGAGGAGGAGAAGGAGAAGAAGAAAUAGAAGAUAGAAGAGAAAAAGAGAAAGAAGAAGAGAAAGUUGAAUCUGACUCUCAUGGUGACCCCUCUGAUAUUCCAUCAGGAAAUGAGGAGAGGAACAUUCUAUGUAUUUUCAAGCUUAUUUAUGGGGUUGGCCUUCGAACACUAAGGAAGCUGUUCAUGGACUUCAAUCCCGGUUGGUCAAAUAAGGCAUCUGACGCAGCUGGAUUCGAUAAAGGGAAAAUGAAACUGUCUAGAGACGAUGAAGUCAUUUUCAACAAGGGUAAUAUAAACGAAUGGGAUUUCUCAUUGAUGACAACUGCGCUCUUAUAUUCAAAGAGCUGUGCACUGGAAAUUAGCAAAAGACCAGGCUUCGAUAAAGCCCUACAAGAAUUGAAGACUUGUCGUAACAAGGUGCUGGGGCAUCCCUCCUCAGAAAAGAUGCUCGAUGCCGACUUCAAUGUUUACUGGCCUCUUCUUACCAAUCUCUUUGGUAUUCUUGGUGCUGAUUUAACAGAGAUUGCAGAAAUAAAGCUUCAAACAGAUGAGACUGUUAACGCUGGAGGACACUACAAGCAGUUGUUCUUAACGGAGCAAGCGAAAUUCAUUCCUCUUGGACAGAAGCUGGAUACCUUGGAGAGUAAAUUGGAUGCUAUACUUGCUAAUCAGUCAUAUAACUCUGAAGGAAAAAACUUUGUUAGCCCAAAAGCUCUGAGUGGCCGCAACUGGGACGAAUGGUUGAAGUUCUGCAACGCAGUUGGCGAUUUUGAUACUCGGAAGAACCAGUACAUUCUUGUUACGGGUGCUCUCUCGCCAAAGAAUCUCGAUUGUUUUUCUAUUUUGAGGUGUGUCCCUUGGAAGAUGGUCCUUGAUUUUGACCCUAUGUCCGAAGAGAAAGGCUUUUAUCGAGAGUUUACAUCACAAAAAGGACAGGGUAGUUUGGUCAGCAUGAUAACACCUGCAGAGGUCAAGGGAAGUACAAUGGCAAACCUCAUACGCCAGAUUGAUCCCAAUAAAAUCCAGUGGUUAUUUGUCAAUGGGAGAGCUAGUGAUACAGGUGGCGAUGUAGAGACGUUUCCAGAUUGGGAGGCAACCUCCGUGAAAGAAAUCUCGAGAAUUUUUGGAUGCUGCUGUGACCCAGACAAAUUUGACAAGCAGAAACCGGUAGUGUGCGUCAUCCUUCCCUACUGCCAAGAAAGCAUUCCGUAUUUGGAAGUGACAUUGUGCCGACUGUUUGAGAACUUCGACGAUCAGUUCAAUCUGAAGAUUGCGUCUUUCAAGCAAGAAAAACGGCUCACUGUAUUUCAGAAGGUCAAGGUGCGCACGAUUGAUCUGAAUCCAGAGCUUGUCCAUCUGGGUUUGAGAGAGCUGCUUUCUUCAUCUACGUCACAGCGGUACCGAAUGCCCACUUCUCAAGCAAAGGUUUAUGCAGACGUCAGUGAGAGAGAUUACCUUUUUCUGAAGGAACACUUAGACAUUCUUUACCUCGGCUGUGAAGAGCUACCAGAAACGUCAAGCGACCCAUCUGAGGAAGAACAACGGUUGCAGAACUUCCUGGAUGAACACAGAAAAUUAUUCAUUUCAGGUAGUGCGAUUUCGUUCGCUAGUCUUUAUGAUAAUCAUGAUGCAAAGAGGGAAAUUGAAAGAGAUAUUCAGGUCCAUGUCCAACGUCUUCUAGACAAAGGUCUAACUCGUUCAAUGAUUGUUGACAUCAAGCAUUCACCAGGCACUGGUGGUACUACCAUCGCUAGGCGCGUUAUGUGGGAUCUUCACAAAUUUUAUCCUUGUGCUUUCAUGGAAAUAAGCUCGCAUCUCUAUUUUGAUGAAGACAGUAGUUAUGCUUGCAAAUUAGUCGAUUGCAUUGGAGCACUGGAGGAGAUCUGCCACACUUCUCCCGUCAUUCUGAUUGAUGGAAAUCAAUCAAGGCUCAUAGAAGGUCUCUCAAAUAAACUUGUGCGGAUGCUGUGCAACAGAGGAAAACGGGCUCUUCUCUUACGUUGCCAACACGGAUCGAAGACCUCAUCGAAAGAACCUCAGGAGCCCUCACGUGUACAUCAGGUCUUCUACGUAGAUGUCAGCUUGGAAGAUUCACCAGCCGACUUAAAUGAAUUUCAGUCAAAAUACAAGGAAUUUGUUGACCGUUCUUUAGGUGAGAAGCCGGUAUCGGAUCUGUGUCGCGUGUUCCACUUUCCUCUCCUUGCAAUGGUCCAGAGAUUUCGGCCAAAGCUUAAGAAGAUAGUCGACGACACUUGGAACGAGAUGGAGAGUCUUCAACAUCAAAUUGCUAUCGUGGUGGCCUUUCUUCAAAAGUACGGCAACCAAGCAACCCCUGCCCUUCUCCUCUCCGAUGCAUUUCAGAGGUAUAUCCGACCGGAAUCUGGAAAAAAUGUCACCUACAGUGAUAUCAAACAGCUGUUUUCGGAGCACUUGUUGAACCUGAUGGUUCCCUCAAACCCUUGGCUUGGUAUGCGACGAGGAAGGAAGUAUAAAUCUAAAGAACUACCACCUGAAGAAUACACAUUUCAGCAUCGACUGGUUGCCGAGAUGCUGCUGAAGAAGUGUUUCCAAGAGCAAGCCUGUGACUUGUUCCAGGUGGUAAAUCAGUUUCUUCACUUUCCAAUUUUCCAGCGUGAUGACUUCUUGCCGCUCUUUGAAGAGCUGUUUGUCUUCAACAAGGAAGGUCAAAGGGUGCGAAAAUUCUCUGUUCUCUUUGAAGAACUUAAAGCCAUAAACCCUGAACGUGCUGCAGAUGUUUUCUGUGAGGUAGCUGAGAAGACUGGUGACUCGAUCAUAUUUGCCAAUGCAGCAAGAUUUUUUGCCAAGAUGGAACCUCCCUUAUUUGAGAAAGCUAUGGAACUCAUUGGACGUGCCUUUCAAGCGAAAAACUUCAAGCAGCGAUUCAAAAGCAUAUGCCAUAUGAAAGGGGUGGUUUUGUAUUUUGAAUUGAAGCACAUGAUCAACAAUGGCAAAGUGAAAAACCUGAUAGAACUUGAAGAUUUGGCAAACAGAGUGCUCGAGGUGUACAGAGAGGCUCGUAACUUUCCUCCAACUUACCCAAAUCCCCUAAUUGGCGAGGUAGAUGUUUGGCUUGCUUGUAUCGGAUGGAUUAUGAAGAACAUAUGCAGGCGGGAUUCUGAGAAAACACUCAAGUUUUUAGCCAACCAAUGUCCCCCGUUCUUUCGCACCUGUGUGAGUGAUUCGUUUUACCUACUGGACAUUGUUGAUGGAAUCGUUCAAAGUGUUCCAACCUUGGCAGAUCCGGUAGAAACGCAGAGGAAAUGCAGCGAUGCAAGAUUAUCUUUGAUAACCAUGCUUGGACCAACUUAUUCACUUAAACAGACUAAUUUCCGUGGACGCAUUGCAGAUGACGUUGUUCAAGUGUGCCGGGCACUCUGCAGUUCCAAGAAUUUUCCAAGGUCAUCCGCAGUAGAGCUUAAGAGACUUCAAGCGCACUUUAUUUUGAAUUCAUGCGAUCAAAUCGUCAAUAUGAAGCAAGAACACCUUGUAUUUCUUCUUCAGCUUCUAGAGGAACUUGUAUUCAAAGAGAAUGAGCACCGUUUGGCUUACCACUUAAUGAAGGUCAGUGUGUUAGUGACUGGGUCUAAGCGUUACAGCCUCGAACAGGGUCUCAGUGUGACCGAAAAGUGGUUAGAGGUUUCACAUCAUGAUUGCCUACCGUACUUCUACCAGAUGGCCAUUUGCUUUCUAAAGAUUCUUGAUGGGCAUGCCAUGGAAUUCAUGCCGAAGUACUUGACAGCUUUGAAUAUGUGCCGAGAGAAAUCUCAGAAUCACUGUCGCAGCAGCCAAUCGACAUUGUUUGUAAGUAAUGAAGGUGAAGGAAUGCCACGUCUUCUCACCCGCAGCACCUUGUUUCGUGACGUCGAAGAAACAGAUUACUCCACAACAGAUGUCUCCGAGACAGUUUCUAGGUUUUGGAGUACCGACAGUAGGAAGAAACUGAUGGAAUGCAAAGGAAGGAUCCGCAUGGAGCCUUCCACUAGUAAGGGAAAAAAAUAUCCUUACAUCGAAUUGCUUCAAGGAAAAGUGGCCCUCUACGUGGGAAAGAAUGCAGGUGUUGGCAAGGUCGAUAGAAACUUUGAUAAGGGGCAGUUGGUUUAUUUCGUUGUCAGUUUCAACCUUCACGGUCCUGUUGCUAAUGGAAUAACUUUCUUCCCAUACGAUUCAUCGCACCGUUAGAAGAAUUCAGAUCAUUGACAUGCUUCUCCGAUUGUAUUUCAAUCUGGAACAUACUGGACACAUUGUGGAUGCACGAGGACAGUUCCAGACUGGGAAGAAUUUAAAACUUUGCCUCAUACCAUAGUGAGCAUAUUCUCGGUUUUUCCCCCUCAUGGUCCUCUAUUAUACUCUGCCAAUUAUAGAUCAUCCAUCGAGCUUGAAUUCUUCCCUCCGAAUCAAAACCAAAUCAACUGACUUCAUCGUUUACAU